AUGCUAGUGCCCGUGGUCGUAAAUAAAGCACUCCAAGAGUGGAGUUUGCUCGAGUUUCAGGGCGAUUUACUUCCCAUGGAGUCACUAGAUCUACGUGGACUGGAUAUUGGGACACUUCGUUACGGACAGGGAGAAACACUCACGCUUCGUAUUGGAAAUCACGUGCUGACGGGAAAAGUCAUGAACUUGUCGACUCCUUUUGCCAUUUUACACAAAGAGAGCGAGAUUGACGUGGCUAUGGACGAAGAGGGAGAUGCAGAGUCAACUACAAAGUACGAGGUGGUCGGAAUUGCUCGCACGCGUGUCAUAUUUGCGUCCAGACCGAAGCCUGUGCUCACGUAG